AUGCUUGAGAUGAUCGCGAACGAUAGAUCGCUUCUCAUCGGCAGCAACUCUUUGCAAGAGCUAUAUACACUUCUACAAAUGUCGGGUUUGAUGGACAUAUCAGCGAUGAAAUUGCCGCCGCAUGUGAACGCCGGUAUUCAUGCAGCUGCUUUUGGGACAACUGCUCUGACCAACCUCAAACGGUACCCAAACCUACCCAAUGUCAUCUGCGUCGUAUUGAUAGUGCCCAGAGCCAAGCUCACUGUCAUCACUUCGAUGAGUCUCGAUCAAUUGGGCACUCCUGGUCUUCAGCUCAAUGUCCACGACCACGGAACUUUCGAUAACAGUUUCUUCGCGCUUCACACGUGUUUCGGUAAACUUCUGUUGGACAAAGAUCUCGCGUUGAGCAAGAUUGAAGAAGAUCCGGCGGGAUGGAAGGGCAAAGCGGAUCUCCUUGUGAGUUGCAUGAUCCCGUCCUUCUCCUUCCUCCUGGGACGUGAGGGUGGGACACAAAUUUCUUUGAGAAUUAUACCGACCGUGGCCUCCACGCCCCUGGCCUCCACUCUUGGGAUGUUUCAAUGUGUCUACCAGACCUCGGUGAACGAUCACAAGAACGUUCAACUGUUGCCAUCACUGCCGAACGUUGUCCGCUCACCAGGUCUCAUUCGUGGGGCUUGGGACAGUGCACUUCCGAGCCCUGCUGCUGUUCACCUGUCCCUAACUUCUGGAACGCCUGAAAAGUUUACUCUCCGCGCGACCUUCGAGCAAGACAAGGAGCAAGAAGAUCUCAAGAAUCGAAGUCCAGUCACCGUCCAGCAGGUCAGCCCAUGCUCGAUGGCCAUCACGUUUGGCGAUCACAGCCGAGAACUUCGUUUUCCAUUUCCAGUGAAUGGAAGGAGGUGUCAUACCAAGAUCUCGCGAAAGCAAUGCUGGGUGGAAGUCUCUGUGGCGCUGACAUCUGCAGCGCAGCACGCCGGCGGAUACACCCUUUCGCCGUUUCCGCUCAUUUCCGAUCGCGGUCAACUUGUCCCCUGGAUGCUGGGAAAGGUGAAUCUGUCAAAAUGCCCACUCAUCCCGUCCGAUGCGAAUCUGCCAUACCUUGAGUCAUUCAUUGGGAUGAGCAUGAGUCAGAAAGAAAAGAUGCUGAAUCGUGGAGAGGUUUCAAUCUCAACACACGAAAAAGAUUUCUUUGACUUUAAGAAAUCGAUCGCCGUUCUUUUCAUCAGAACCCAGACGAGAUUGGGCCAACGCCGAAACACACACAAUGUAUUCCGCAUGACAGUGAAUGACGACUGUGACUUUUUGAUCUUUACCAACGGCAUACACCAUGAUCAAGCAGUGGGAUCGAUUUGCCUUGGUGCCUACGUGCUACCUCUUACCGCUCAAACACUUGGCUCAAAGCCCGAGGGUCUUGGUCAGCUAUUCCAUAAUCCCAAACAGAUUGGCAUCAGCAUCAGCAAGGGCGAAGAGACUCUCUGGAAACAGGCGAUGCCCGCGUUGGUUGAGCAAUGUCGAUAUGAUUGGGAGCACAAGCCUUCCUGCGAGUACAACAUCGACGGCGUUCUCAAGUGUCCUCGCAGCGUGAAGCAUAGCGAGACGCCAAUUUGUUCCUGCGGUGAGGGUCAUGAUACUGACCUAUUGCCCUCAGAGUAUGCUUUCUUCGCACCAUAUGUGACUAGAGUCGCGAUUCAAAUCCUUUCAGCGUUGCCGUACGUUGAGCCUAUGGCCUUCACCAUGGCCCCAGAAGCUCAUGCAACCACAGCAAAAGGUAGCGGCAAUCCCAUGACUGCUUUCAAUCACGCAAAAAAUAGCACGAGCAAUUCUUCGCAAGCCUGCGACUAUUGUCGAUCCUCAAGCAGAAAGCUCUCUAUUUGCAAAGGCUGCAAUGCCGUGUGA